AUGGCCGACGCCACCGACAAGAUCUCUAUCACCAUCUGCGGCGAUGGUGGAUGCGGAAAAUCAUCCAUCACCUUGCGCCUGGUGCGGAGUCAGUGGAUUCAUGAAUACGACCCUACAAUCGAGGAUUCAUAUUCGGUUACGCGCGUGGUCGAUGGCGUGCCAUACUUCCUAUCCAUCACCGACACGGCCGGCCAGGAAGAGUAUCGCGGCUUAUGGGCGGCUUCCAACCUGAGAUCCGACGCCUUUCUUCUGGUGUACGACAUCACCAACAAAUCGAGCUUAGGCGCUUUAAACUACUUCAUGGACAUGAUUGAGAUCGAAACCGAACAACGCCUUGAGGACAAUGAUCGGUUGCGCAAGGAGUUGGGGGCCAGUGCAGAGGGCCUCGAUGUGGGCAUGCCACCCCCGGUCAAGAUCGUCGCAGGGAACAAGUGCGAUCUCAAAGACAACAGAGUCAUUAGUUCCCGGGAUGGCCUGGAGUAUGCCCGAAAACACGGUUGCGGUUUCAUGGAGACCAGCGCCAGGGAGAUGGUCAACAUCGAGGAAACCUUUGCCCUCCUAGUCCGUCGGGUCGUCGAGGCCCGUCGACUACACUACCAGAAGGGUCCUCCGACCAGUCAAACCGCUCAAAGGGGCGAGCCUUCGACGGCUGCAAAAACCCCUGCUGACACGGUUGUUAGCAAGGAAGGCAAGGGAGAAUCGCAGAAGCGCACACAGAAACGACAGAGUGGUCUUCGUGGGCUCUUUGGAGGUAAACGUGCACGUCAGGAUCCAGGCGAGAAGGGCCAUCUUCAACCAGAGGCAUCAGGAUCGGGGCAGAACAAGCCAUCCAAGCCUGCAAAGGCGAGCAUAUGGAAGCGCAUGAGUUGUUGUUAG